CUCAGCAGAAAAAUCCCUCACCCCGAAAGUUCCUGAUGCUGCCAAUAAAAUACCGCUCCCUAGAGGGACCUCUUCGCAAAAGGCGGCUGCCUCCUAAAGCGAGCUCCCUUGCCGUCCCUUCCUUCCUUCCCCUGGUUUCCCGGCCGCCGCCGACCACGCUCCAAACCCUAGACGCCCCCCACCCUCCCGCCGCCAUGGCCGACCCGCGGAUGUUCCCGUCAGGAUCCGACGACCGCGCCGAAUCCUCCGACGCCGGCCGCCGGCUGUACAACCCGUACCAGGACCUCAACAUGCCCUACAGCUACCGGACCCUCUACGACCUCCCCACCUCGCCGGAGUUCCUCUUCCAGGAGGAGGCCCUGGCGCAGCGCCGCUCGUGGGGCGAGAACCUCACCUUCUACACGGGCGUCGGGUACCUCUCCGGCGCCGUCGGCGGCGCCGCCCUGGGCCUCCGCGACGCCGCCAGGGGUGCCGAGCCCGGGGAGACCGCCAAGAUCCGCGCCAACCGCGUGCUCAACUCCUGCGGCAGCUCCGGCCGCCGCGUCGGCAACACGCUGGGCGUCAUCGGCCUCAUGUACGCCGGGAUCGAGAGCGCCAUGGUCGCGGCCCGCGACCGCGACGACUGGAUCAACAGCGUCGCUGCCGGGCUCGGCACCGGCGCGCUCUUCCGCGCCGCCAACGGCCCGCGGUCCGCCGUUGUCGCGGGCGCCCUCGGUGGGGUCCUCGCCGCGGCCGCCACGGGGGGCAAGCAGCUCGCCAAGCGAUACGUGCCUGUCAUAUGAUCGUGUCUGUCUGUGUGGUAGCUAUGAAACAAUCUGUCGGGAAAAAAAAAUCGAAGUGGUCUUUUUUUUUUUGUUCGUGUUAUGUUCUUCAGGCUAGCAACUCCAUCUAGGAAGGGUUUUACCUUCUUUGAAUGAUAAUCCAUGCUGUGCUAGUCACUUGAGAGCAUAGAGUCGGGAUGGAAAAUUUUGAGCUGCAUUGCAAUGUAACACCAUGCUCAAUGAAAGAACAUGCAUUGUACUGGCGUUGCUGAGCAAUAAGAGCUGAUCCUUUAGUUGAGUCUCGUGUUAGCCUGGGAAAUUUUGCCGUUGUGCUUUUCGUUAAGAAAGAGCUGUAGUGUGCCAAAUA